AUGUUGUCAACCGUGAGAGUCCCUGAUUUGAAUGAUUCUAUUUCCUCCCGCAGGAGCUUUAUCGUCGGAGGUGGUAUAGUUGGCGCUUCACUCGCCUAUUUUCUUUCAAAAGAAGACAAAGACCUUGAGAUUGUUCUCGUCGACAAAUGUCUUGACAAGCUCCUCGGAUCCACCGGUCAUGCUCCCGGCUUUGUGGGCCAGCUCAAUGAGUCGCCCAUCUUGACUAGCCUUGCUAAAGAUACUGUCUCGGCGUACCUCAAAGUCCCUGGUGGUUUCAAUGUCGUGGGAGGACUGGAGCUAUCGUCAACACCUGACGGCGUCGAGACACUGCAUCGCCGAUGUGACCUAGCACGAUCUAAUGGGUUGCCCGCCGAAAUGAUCACACCAGAAUUUGCUGCCUCCUUGGCUCCCGAUUUUAUUGACCCCCAAAGUGUCAAGGCUGGUCUACUCUUUUCAUCAGAUGGAACAGCAAAUGCCCAAGAUAUCACCCAUUACUACAUCAAAGAAGCUCGGGCGAGAGGUGUCAAUUUUCUCGAAGCCACAGUGACGGGCCUUGUAUCUACAGGCGAUCAACUGACUGCCCUACAAUCUUCACACGGGGACAUCCAACUGAACGGCAGCAUGGUUGUACUCGCGACAGGCGUUUGGACUUCGAGUCUGAUAAAUGAUGUAGUCCAAAUUCCGGUGCCUAUUAUCCCGGUCGCUCAUCCAUAUACCUUCAGUGUCCCUCGAUCUCCCCGAUCCGGUCCAAAAUAUCCAUUCGUCCGCUGGCUAGAUCAUCACGUUUAUGCCCGAGAUCACGGUGACCGCGACGGUUUAGGCAGCUACGAUCACCCACCAAUUCAGGUGAACCCAACUGACAUGGCAAUCGGCGCUUGGCCUUCCCACUUUGAACAAGUUCUGUCCGAAGCUACAACUCAGUUGAAGAAUGGCCAGAAUUUCCUGCUUGAUGGACCCAGCGCAGACCUGGAGGAGAAGCGUCCUUUCAAUGGUAUCUUCGCAGUAACUCCGGAUAAUCUUCCGCUUGCGGGACCGGUACCUGGCAUAUCUAACAUGUGGCUUUGUGCUGCAAUUUGGGUUACAACUGCUGCUGGUACGGCCCAACUGAUAUCGAGACGCAUUUUCCAGGGAGCUGAGCAGAUGAGCCCUCAAGAUGAGGUUUUGCUAAAGGCUCUAAGUCCCAGUCGUUUCCAGGGGCUCGACGCAAGUGUGCUUGCAACUCAGGCAUUGCAGCGUUAUAAUGACAUUUAUAACAGAGAGUUGGAAUAG